AGGUUUGGUCCUCACAGGCAGAAACGAGAUCUUGUAUGCUUUCUGGGGUAUUGCUACUGAGUUCCAAGGUCCUUACAAGAGACGGUGGCCAUGGCUGAAAGAGGACCCAGCAAUUUUCUGUCUGUCGCACUUUAGUUAGUUUGAUAAUUGUGUUCGGACCCACAUAACGAAGAGCGAUGCCCACGGAAAGUGGAAGCUGGGCAUCUGCCAGGCAGACAAAGCAGAAACGUAAAUCACACAGUCUCUCCAUCAAGCGGACGAACAGCUCAGAGCAAGAUCGUUCAGGUCUGCAGAGAGACAUGCUGGAAGGACAGGAUUCAAAGCUUCCAUCGUCUGUCCGCAAUACACUCAUGGAUCUUUUUGGGCAAAUAGAAAGAGAAUUUGAAAAUCUGUAUAUUGAGAACUUAGAAUUACGCCGUGAAAUAGAUACACUGAAUGAACGCCUGGCGGUGGAAGGACAAAGCAUUGAUGGAGCCGAGUUAAGCAAAGGACAAAUGAAAACAAAAGCCAGCCAUAGUACAAGCCAACUGUCCCAAAAACUGAAGACCACAUAUAAAGCCUCUACCAGCAAGUGUUCAAAUUUUUCCCCAAUCAAGGCAGGCCGACCCUUCCACUUCAGAGUGAGGAGCUGGGAGAUAUGGGGUGGAGACUCCUGGAUUGUUUCUAGUUUCAAGACUACAACCUCUCGGGCAAUCUGCCAGCUGGUAAAGGAGUAUGUAGGGCACCGUGAUGGACUCUGGGAUGUCAGUGUGACCCGAACACAACCUGUGGUGAUGGGAACAGCUUCAGCUGAUCACACGGCAUUACUCUGGAGCAUAGAGACUGGAAAAUGCCUUAUAAAAUAUGUCGGCCAUGCUGGAUCAGUAAACUCCAUAAAGUUUCACCCAACAGAGCAGAUCGCACUAACAGCAUCUGGAGACCAGACGGCUCACAUCUGGCGGUAUACAGUACAGUUACCCGCUCCUCAACCAACGGCAGACACCAGUCAGAUAUCUGGAGAGGAGGAAGUUGACUUCUCGGAUAAAGAUGAAGCAGAGGUAGAUGGAGAUGUGUCCAGUGACUGCCCCACCGUCAGAAUUCCAAUAUCGUCCCUUAAAAGUCAUCAAGGUGUAGUGAUCGCUGCAGACUGGCUGGUCGGUGGGAAACAAGCAGUAACAGCCUCCUGGGAUAGAACAGCUAAUCUCUAUGAUGUAGAGACUUCAGAACUUGUCCAUUCACUCACAGGACAUGACCAGGAGUUAACCCACUGCUGUACACACCCCACACAACGACUGGUAGUGACCUCAUCCCGUGACACAACCUUCCGUCUGUGGGAUUUCAGAGACCCGUCGAUACAUUCUGUGAAUGUCUUCCAGGGCCACACAGACACUGUUACGUCAGCUGUGUUCACAGUGGGUGACAAUGUGGUAUCUGGAAGUGACGACAGGACUGUGAAAGUUUGGGAUCUAAAAAAUAUGAGGUCCCCUAUCGCAACUAUCCGUACGGAUUCUGCCGUAAACAGGAUAAGCGUCUCUGUAGGCCAAAAAAUCAUCGCCCUGCCCCAUGACAAUCGACAAGUUCGACUAUUUGACAUGUCAGGAGUUCGAUUAGCGCGGCUUCCACGCAGCAACAGACAGGGCCACCGUAGAAUGGUUUGCUGUUCUGCUUGGAGUGAAGACCAUCCAACUUGCAAUCUCUUCACUUGUGGAUUUGAUCGACAGGCCAUAGGAUGGAACAUAAACAUCCCUGCUCUACUGCAAGAAAAAUGAAGCGGAUAUUAGAUGGCGUUGUAUGUUCCCAUUUGCCAUGAACGCUUUUAGUUUUGGCAGGUGCCCAUCUUUAUCGGCCUGCCCUCAUUGUGAGAUGACCCAGAGUGCUUUGUAAACGUUGUUCUUGUUCCCAAAUUUUGCAUGACAUAUCUGGGAAGGAAAUAAAGGCACUGGUCCCUUUUCUGAAUAGUAGUGUGGAUGGAAUGUUAAAUUCGGGAUCCUAUCCAUCAAAAGAAAGGUGUAACUUACUCACCUGAAGCACAUCCUGCUGUGGUGGCUAACCUGGGUAGAGCAUCAUGGAAAAUGUAGUUCACAGACAUCUGCCGUGUCAUAAUGCUCACCUCCUGUUAGCUGAUUAGCUGAACAGUAGAUGCAUUACAUUUCUGUGAAAUUAAUGUGAAAUUCAUAUAACUGUUGUGAAGGAUAUAUUAGUCUGUUGCAUUUAAACGUAGGCAUAUCUGCCUUGUGUUAAAAACAAACAAAAAAAAAAAACAAAGCAAGAAAGAAAAGAAGAAAAAGUUCAAAAAUGUAAACUGUUACAAAAUAAACUAUGAACCAGAGUGUAUAGUUCACUUGCUGCAUAGUUAAGCAUUAAAUUAAUGCAUCAUAAAGCAUUGCAGGUUUUGGUAGAAUGUUUGAUAAAUAUUACUCUUAGUUUUUUUGUUUUUUUUAAUAUAUAUUUUAUUCAUAACAUCACAAAAAUACGAUCUUAAUGCUGAGCUUUAAAAAGAAAUUCUGCGUUCUCUUAAACCAAAUUGUAGGUUUUCUUGUGAAAGCGCCUGUGGAAAUGGUGAUUGUGCCCUUUUAUUUAGAAGGGAAAAAUUGGCUCCUGAUAAUCUCACAUCAUCCUAUUCGAGCAAAAUUGAAAUCAGGCGCUCAAUGUCUGUCUGAAAAUUAAAGCAGAUUUAUAGCACUUUAGCUCAGAAAUGCAGUUAUGGACAAUUUGGAACAGUCUUAAAUACCAUUUGCGGUGAAUGUAAGCUGACCCCUUUGAUUGACAUUGACAACAUUUGGAAAGGUUUCUCUCCCCCCCCACCCCCAAAAAAGCAGGUAUUAUGUUGGGCUUUUUGAAGUAGCGAUUUGUAUGCCUAUUACAAAUAUUUUCUAUUUUCAUUUCAAUGUUAGACUUUAAAAUGUGUUAUUACAUCUGUGGUUAGCGUGCAAUUUUUUUUUUUUAUAUAUAUAAUUUUUUUUAUUUUAUUUUUUUGAGUGGGAAAUAGGUUUCCUAAAAUGUAUUUUGACUAAAUGAUGGUUAGAUAAUUCUCUGCAAUAACUCCACCUUCUUUUGUGUUAUUUUUAUGCAAAAACAAAAAUGAACACUCCAUAAAAAAUACAGAAGGAGCUUCCAGUUAUUAAUGGUGCUUUGUAAAAGAAAAAAAUAUAUAAAGAUAACAUCAAAGUAAUAAAGCCACAUUAUCUGUCUACAUUGUGACUCAAAACAAGUGUGUUAAAAUAUUGUUAUAGCUCUGUUAGGCCUCCUUCUGAGUACUCAGACAAGGAAAACUGAUGGAUUCUUUAAUCUGCUUCCUGGUUGAUAUAGUGUAGUAGCAUAUUAAACAGUGUCUCUCUGCA